CAGACUUUCCCAAAAGCCCGCUCACGAUAACGUGCACGAGAACAAAGCGCGUUAUUGCGCACGAGCACAAAGCGCAUUCUCGCGCGAAUUUACGCUCUUUGCGUAGAGAAUUGUCGGCAGUGACAAUAGCGCCUAUUGCGGUCUCAAAAUAUCACGGGUAACAGAAUAUUUUGUACCGGGACUUUCCUUCAAGGGACUUUGGCGUGACGCACCGCUUUCGCUGCAGAAGGGUGAAGCAUUUACAGAUGUAGAGGGCUAGAUUACACACUGAAGUCAUGAAGCCCAAUAUGUCAACGGUAAGCAGGGGAUUCUAACGGAAUUCCGCACUCACGCGUGCGUUAAAGAGCGUCAGUUCCAGCGAUCAGCGUCUCGGGACACUCGUUCGCCAAAAUAUUUCAGUUCUGUUUACAGAGGCACGUCUCCAGGGUGAAUACUUCUAAAAAAAGGUGUGUUGAACUCAGGGGCGCAAUGGUGGAUUAUUAUGAUGUCCUGGGAGUGUCACGGAAUGCUUCUCAAGAUGACAUCAAGAAAGCUUACAGGAAACUGGCUUUACGCUGGCACCCUGACAAAAACCCAGACAACAAGGAGGAGGCAGAGAGAAAAUUCAAAGAGAUAGCAGAGGCUUAUGAAGUUCUUUCAGACAAAGGCAAACGGGAGGCUUUUGACAGAUAUGGUAGAUCGGGCGUGCCAAGCUCAGGCUCUAGCAGCUCAUCAUUUCCUGACGACUUCCCAGGAUUCACCUUCACAUUUCGCAGCCCAGAUGAGGUUUUUCGAGAGUUUUUUAGAGGGCAGGACCCAUUUGCUGACUUCUUUGAUGAUUUCCCGUUUGGUGGGAUGCACAGUGGAUUUCACAGCUCCUCCUCCAGGCUUGGACCCAGUCGCUUCUUCUCCUUCCCCUCAGCAAAUGUUGAUUUUACAUCCUUCUCCUCAAUGGGAGGCAUGGGCAGUAUGGGAGGGGCAAACUUCAAGUCUGUUUCCACUUCAACCCGCAUUGUCAAUGGAAAACGUAUCUCUACAAAAAAGAUCAAUGAAAACGGGCAGGAGAGAACGGAGGUCGAGGAGGACGGGGUUCUAAAAACUGUCCUCAUCAAUGGUGUGGAGGAUGAGAUGGCGCUGGCUUUAGAACUGAGCCGUAGAGAAGAGUCCGGACAGCCUUCUGGACAACCCCAACAGCCACGACUCCACCGCUCUCACAACACCCCUACAAACCCCGCCAUGCGCUCUUUUAGCGCCGCCCCUUUAUAUCAUCGCCCCGAAGCCAGUGAAGAUGAGGAGGACGAAGACCUGCAGAUGGCGCUGGCCUACAGCUUAUCAGAGAUGGAGGCCCAACAGCAAGCGGAGGACAUGAUAUCAGGUGCCGGGGGGACACAACCAGGGGCUGGUGGGGGUGGGAAUAGGAGGGAUGCCCCUCAGAAAACCAAAUCUGAGAGUCAAAAGACAGAUGAUUCAACAGGCAGCACCUCCCCAUCUUUAGACGAUAGAGAAACAAGGCCGGUUCACGGUUCAGAAAACAUGCACCAGGAGAAUGUUGUUGUGAAAGAAAAGGAGAAUGUGAAAAGUAUGGCCAAUGGGACCGAUGCGGUAAAAAAGAGGAGGAAGUGUCAGUGUGUGGUCUGUUAGUACGUUUGCGGGGAAUAAUCGUGCGUGUGACGUGUGUUUGAUCUUAGUGAAGUUUUGGACUGUGCCUUGACUUGUAGCUCUUUCUAUGUGUUAUGGCAGGGCUUAUGACAAAGCACAAGGAUGAUGGUACUAUUUUUAUAUAUUAUCUUGCCUGGAGGUUUAAAUAACAGGUGCCAAAUAUGUGUUUAUUUACCACAUAGAAAUCUUCCCAUACAACAGCUAACAAUACAGUAAUAUAUACUAAAUUUGAGAAAUUAUAGAUUCUGUGAGCAUUUUUAGGCUUUAAAAACAUAGGUAGCCCUAAAAUAGGUAUUUUGAGAUAUGUUUUUGGAGGGCUUUUGCAGCAAAGUAAUGAAAUGGCAAAAUGGUGAAAGUUAGCAAUAUGGCUAAAUUUGCGUUUAGCACCUUAAAUCCAGCAUUCAAUUUAAAAAGUUUUAGCUCAUAAUAUAUAUGCUGGUUUAGAUUAUUUCCCGCCAAAAUGAACAUUCUUUAAUAAUUUAUUCACUAUCAUGCCAUCUCACAAACACAAACAUAUUUUCUUUUUUUAAUGAAAAAUGUCUCUCUUUAUGACUAUAGCUUCCAACUUGUUAAAGCCCCAAAAAGUGCAAACACCAUAAAAGUAACUCAAACGGCUUCAUUGGGUUUAUAAAUGUCUUCUGAAGCAAAUUCAUAUAUUGUGUGAGAAAAUUAUUAAGAUUUUAAGAUCAUUUAGCCUAGCUGAAACCCAUGAAAAAGUGCUAAAUUCAAACACGUCGAUAAUCUGACUGGUUCUCCUGUGUCUCAUGAAUGGUUGUUAUAUGACACUUCGUCACAAGACACACAUGUACCAAUGAUAUUUCAAGUUUUAAACAUGUCACCAUAUUGCCCCGGUUUCACAGACAAGGUUUAAGAUUAGUGCCAGACUAAAAUUAAUUUUGAGCUGUCUAAACUGAAAAUAACUGGCCCUGACGUAUCUUAAAAUAUGUCAGUGCCAUUGUUUUGUUUCAAGAUGGACAUCAGUAAUGUUUUUUUCUACGGCAUUUUAAUAAAAGCGACUUAAAUAGCCUAAAUUAACUAAGGCAUAGUCCUGGUUUAGGCUAAACCUGAAACCGGGCCAUUAGAUUUGAACACUCUUACGGGUUUGUUUGAUUUCAGUUUCACUAAAGAUAUGAAUAUCCUAAGCAAAAGGAUGGCUGCAGUCUAAAGAAACACAACGAGACUGUCAGUGUUUCAGCUGAUGCCAGUGUUGUAGUCGAGACCAGCUCAUUCGAGUCCGAGUCAAGACCGAGACCAGAGAGGGUUGAGUCCGAGUCAAGACCGAGACCAGAGAGCAGGCCCGGAUUAAGAAUUCAGGGGCCCCUGGGCACAAGACCUCCAUCCCCCCCCCCAUACGCACGGGCGCACAAUAAAGUUUUGAAAUAGCCUAUAGGGCACUACGUGUACCUCUAUUUUAUACAGGAUUACAUUGCCAAGUUACAAACUAUGAUCACAACCUGAAGGACAAUAUCAACACCUGUACACAUCCUCCAUCAUACAAGAUUUACACCACAUGAUUGCAAUGCUUUUCUGGACCAGCAGCAACAAUAUCAAGACAUUUCCCUACAUACUGUAACUCACUGGCAUUUGUAAGCACACACUGCCUCACCUCUACCUAUUAAUUCAGUUCUAUCAGAUUCUUCCAUAAUUCACACACAAACACGCCGGAUUCACAAAACUGUUCUUAAGAGAAAAUAUAAGAACUUUAUUAAGAUAAAUUAUAGGACGUUCUUAAGAAUAUUCUUAAAUGUAAUUCUCAAAUAUUUUCUUAUAAACAUUUUAAUUUUUCUAAGAAUAAAAGGGUAGACUUUGUCAUUGAUUAUACUAUAAGAGUAAUUUGUCCUUUGGUUAAACUUUAUUUGUGUACCAAGCACCUGGCGACUCACGUUCUUAUAUAAGCGUGUAAUGUGUUAAACGGCAUUAACGAAUAUUAUAGGUAUACUUACACGAGUCUGUGUAAGUAAACAUUUUGCAAUGUAUGUAAAAGCACUCUGGAUUUUCUAAUAACGAAGGCUAAAAAUCGGUAAAGUAUAAGGCAGUUAGACCUGACCAACAUUAUAUCAAAAUUCAUUAUUGGACAAGAAACACCACCAAAUACAUGUAAAAAACUCUUACCUUUUGAGAUUUUAAAGACAACCAAUAUUCUAGCCUAUAGAUUAUAUUUACAUCAAUAAAGCCGUUUUCAUUGACAUAUUUUCAGUUUCUUGACUUAGUGACUUAGCGCGACAUCUAACAAAUCACCAUAAAAAGCGGCGAUUCAGUCUAUAUUCUUUCACACAGACUCUGUCUAUAACCAUGUGCGUAUUUAGGCUACAGACGAAAUGUGUUCAUGUUUAUAAAUUCAAACAGUGGAUAACAGUGACAUGUUGUUGGAAACGCUGUUUUGUACUCAUUUCAUUCGGGAGUCACCUGUGGAAUGUGCUGCUUCUUUCUGCCGCUCACUGAGACGAUCCCUGCGCGGGGAAAAAGAGACCUUGCGCUCGCGGGACAGCACUGGUGACAUUUUCCAACUGAAUUAAAACUUUAUCGGAAGGUCGCUGGAUAUUUCGCUUUGUGCUUCUCCUGAACAAAAGCUGCUAAAGGGCUUGUAAAAGUUACUAAAUCAAGAGACAGACUUGGGUAUGUUAGAAACACUGUUUGUGUGCGCACUUGCGUGUGUGCGGCCAGAGAGACGCACGGCAGAAUGAAUAUAGCGAAAACAUGGUUAUGUUAAAUUUUUUCCCCCUUUCUUGGGCCCCAAGCGCGCAUGGGCCCCUGGGCCGGUGCCCAUAAUGCCCAUUGGAUAAUCCGGCCCUGCCAGAGAGGGUUGAGUCCGAGUCAAGUCCGAGUCCACAUAAGGACCUAAAAAUGUUUGGUGGAAACCAAUGUUAAAUGUUUGGUGGAAACCACCAUGGCAUGUACACUGUGUUUUAUUUGCUCAAACUGAUAUUAGCUGAGGGUAAAAAAGGCCACAUAGUAAGUGGUGUAAAGGUAAUUUUAUUACAAUUAUGAAUUAAGUGCUCCACAUAACAUUAUGGUACCACUACAUAAGUCCACAUAACAUUACUUUCCCCCUAUACAGUAUAAGUCCACAUAACAUUACUUUCCCCCUACACAAGUCCACUCCACAUAACAAUUCUAGGCCAUAUAACAUACUAUCUCAAUUUUUAAGUCCACAUAACAUUACUUUCCCCCUAUACAGUAUAAGUCCACAACAUUUCCAGUGCAAAUAACAUUACUGAACCACUAACUGUAACAACUUUUAACCUUAGUUAAUGACUGCUGAUAUGCACAUAUCCUUACAAUGUCUUGCAUUAUGUGCAGUUAUAGAAGUUUUGAAAAUUACACAUGGGCAUAAUUACUUUUCAAAAAUAUAAGGGAGGAGACCAUCCUGUUACCCAAACGAGCACAAUGUGGUCUCAUGAUUAUUCCACCCCGACUAAAAAUUCUCUCUACUGGUGCAGAGGACGCGGGGACUGACAACAGUUUCACUGCUAGUGCAUGCAGUUGGGGAUAUCUGUCCUUGUUUUUGGACCAGAAGGCAAGUGCUGUGUCAGUACAUGGAUCCUGAAUGUCACUGAAGUAUUUACUUAUCUGGUCAGAGAUACUGGCAUCCACCGUAAGGUUAUGCUGGCUUUUGUGGGCUUUGUAGCGAGUUACUAGCCGUGGCAAUUUGGAUGGUGGAGAACUAUUUGAUGAGAAAUCUUCUGCAUUCAGCUGCUCAGAACUUUCACCAACAGCCACACUCUCAACAGUCGAGAUCAAGUUAUCUUAAAAGACAGCACAAUACAAUAUUGCAUUAGUAUAACAAAGUUUUUUUUACUAAAUCACUAAGGUCAUCAAUGAGAGAAAAAUGUUGACAUCAUAUUGACCAUCAUAAUCAUAUCGACAUUAAUGGCAAUUUAAAGAUGUAAUUUAAAGGCUGCAAUUUAUUUGUGACACUGUCUGUGACUAAAGUCUAAUAAUCUAAUUAUAAGAUUCUGAAAAUUUAACAGAAUGUUCUUUACGUAAGAUGACUUUACAUAGAAAACAGUAAAUUCCCUCCCCCCAAAAGUUAUAUUAGCAGGGCUUUCCUAGGCAGGGUCACAAAUAAAAGUUAUAUAUUAAAAUAUAUAUGUUAUAGUUGAAUUAAAAUACAGUGGAAUGGGGAAAAAUACUAACUUGUCAGAGUCCUCUUUACAUCUUCUCUGAACUUCUUUAGUGAUGAAGGCGAAGCAUCAUUGUUGCAUGGAUUAAAGUUCUCCGUCGCUACGACGGAUUUCCGUUAAUUGCAGCGAGUCUACGACGGAUUUCCGUCAAUUGCAGGGUUCCCGCCUGUCCUUAAUGUCAUAAAUUCACUUUUCAUGAUUUUAACCCCUUGACGCGUACGAUCACACCGGUGUGAUUAGAACAUUCAACGCUUUGACUGGCACUGAGCCAGAGACCGACUCAAUCCUGCUACCUAUCACAACCAGGCUCGAGAGAAGAGAGAAUUUUACUUGCCCGACCGGACAAGUAACUUGAAAAAAGUAACACUGUGCGACAUAGAAUAAUAAGAAUAUGUGCAUUAGACAGAGCUACGUGCUUGUGUGACGUUCGUUUGUCGUUGUGCUUGUUUGUGUGUGACAUUAAUCAAUAUCGCAUCGCUCGCCGACAAUGAAUCAUGUUAUUUAAUUAUGUCAUCUGGCUGUGUGUCUGAGGGAAUGAAGUGCACAAUUUAACAUACUACACAAGUGUUGGUCUAGGAUUUGUCUGCGUCUGCACUAUAUGAGGAUAUGAACACAUGAACUUCAUCUCCACAGUUGCUAAGAGUUUAUUUUACCAGCAUUGUACUGUUUGAGUGAAGCUAUCGUCAAAAACAUUAACUCGGGCGCCGUCUUUCCGACAAGUCGUCAAAAUAAAAGUCCCGUUAAACUGAACACUCAGACGAAAAAAUACUGUAGUGUACUAUAGUAUGUGCUAUGGAAAAUUGUAGUACCCUUGUAGUAAAUUGAUAAACUAGAGUAAAUGCAUAGUAUACUUUAAUAAAGUUAAAAAACACUAGUAUCUAGGAAUUUUACUGCAGUUUACUAUAGUAAAUACUGUAAUAUACUACAGUAAUUAAUGUGGACAAAUAUACCACUAUUGUAUAGUAAAAAAUUAAAAACACAGUAACGUUACUUAGAAAUAUUAAAUCAAAUUUAGGUAAACAAAAGAUUAUAUGGCCUUAAUUUAUCCAUAUGUAACAUUAAUGUCAUUUGUCAGUUACCUGCCUAUUCAUGUGAUGAACUGCACUUGCACAUUUUUUAAUGAUGACAACAAACGUUUUAUACUUGUGCUACGACUAGUGUUGUAGUACUCGAGACCGGUCUUGGUCUCUCGAGUCCGGUCUCAACCAUUUUGUGAUGGUCUUGUCUCGGUCUCAGAUUUAGUGGUCUCUGGUUUUUUUUCAAGACCACAACUGUGGGAAUUACAAUAAAAUGAUGGUGCAUUGUCUGAUUUAAGUGUUAACAUUAUUAAUGUGAUUGGAUGUAAAACUUUAAUGUCCGGUUCACACACAAGGCUUAAGACUAUAGUCCCAGACUAAAAUAAAAGUUUGAGCUGUCUUAACUGGAAAUAAAUAUCCCUGACAUAUCUUAAAAUAUGUCGUUGCCAUUGUUUUGUCUCAAGAUGCACACCAGCAGUAUUUUUAUCCAAGGCAUUUUAUUAAAAGUGACUUAAAUAUCCUAAUUUAACUAAGGCAUAGUCCUGGCUUAAGUUAAGCCUUGACUGUUGUGCCAGAUGAUUGGGGGAAUGUCCUAGAAGAAAUCUGUCAACAAAAUGAAUACAAAGGUCCACAAUAUCCAAGAUGUGAUUGCAAAAAAGGUACUUGUAUUAGAUCUUGUUUCUUUAUAUUAUAAAGUCUGACGUGAUCUGAAAACGUGAUAUUUUGCUACUGAAUAAUAGAUAAGAACGCUUAGAAUGCAUGAUUCUGUAAUUAUGACUUUUUAAUGUGGAUCUUUUAGAAUUUUAGAGAGUACUAGUCUUUGUCUUGACUCGGCCUGCCUUGGCCUUGUCUUGGUCUCGGCCAUUCAACAUCUUGGUCAUGUUUUGGUCUCGACACCCUCUGGUCUUGGUCUUGUCUUGGUCUCGGUUUAGGUGGUCUCGAUUACAACACUAGCUACGACUGUUUGGCCUGUGCUACAAAACCUCUGUAACACCAGUGCUGUGUAAAAGUUAACGUACAGCCCUGCCACUAAUAAUAUUUACUGCUUGCCUUUGUUCUAUAGCAAUCACGGAGAGUAUAACCAACUUCAGACACUAGGUAAAACGCUUAGAAGCAAACAUGAGCACUCAGAAUCCGAAACAAUUAUACUGACACUUCAUAUGAAGUUUUUUUUAUGUUCGUACAAGUAGGCUAAUUUUUGUACUCGGACAAGUGAAUGACAAAUGUACUUGUCCGAAGGACAACCACAUGACAACGCGUAAUGUCAAGCCCCGAAAAACGUGCCCUGAAGUUAUGUAGAUGGUUGAUUAUUUGUCAAUGUAAGUAUAAUGUUUUCAUAGAUUAAAAAUAGCUUUUAAAAUACGCAAACUGGCAAUAUGAAAGCGAUUUAAAACAUCUCCCCUUAAAAUACUAUAUUGGUCUUGACUAUUUAAAUAAAGUGUCGGUUAAAGGAAUAUGACUUGGCCUUAUAAGAAAUUCAGUCAGAAGACAUUUUUUCACUUUAAUCCAUGUUGUUGGUAACAUCCAAGUCAACCCAGUUGAGACCAAAUUGCGGAUCAAGCAUUGCAGAAAGAAAGUACACGUCUUGGUAAAAAGGCAUGGGUUCUUCACACUCUGUGGCCAUUUUAGCUUUCACAAAUACUCCUAAAAAUCUUCUUUGUGGAGAGCUGUGAAGGGCCCUAAUUAAAGGCUGGCACUGGCUUCUUGUCGCACCCAUUUUCAGAAGAUGUGUAUUUAGGUCUAAAACAGACUUUUCACCUUGUGUUAGGUCCGUUGCCUCUGAAAAUGGUCCAAGAAUUGCACUCAGCUCCUGAAGCUGGUUCCAUUCACAGAGUGUAAACACCACAUUUUCAAAUUCUUUACCACAGACCUCUGCCAGAUUUUUGUAGUCAAGACUUGUGAUGGCUUGCACCUGCUUGAACGUUGAAUUCCAACGAGUAACAGUCGCCACUGGUAUUGAUUUUCCACUGCCAAAAGUAGUUUCGAAGAGGUUCUUGAAAGUAGUGCUGCUAUGCAGUAGAGAAGUGAGCUUUGAUGCUUUUGCUAUGGCCAGGGAUAUGCAUUUGGCUUCCUUCAGUCCAUCACCAAUAACCAGCUGAAGAGAGUGGGCAAAGCAUGACAAUCGCUGUCUUGACCUGGCCAUGUCUAACAAGGUUUCUUGGUAGUUGUCUAAAUCCUCCCACAGCUCCCCAUCAUCCAAGUUGUCAAUUUCUUCCUCAUUGUCAUCUGCAGGGUCAACAGAUUGCUGAGGUAACUUCACUUUAAAAGCACAUUUCAUGUUUGCCGCGUUAUCUGUUAUGAUGUAAUCAAUCUUGCUCGUAAUCCAAUACUACUCUGUUAUGUCAUCAAAGGCCAUUGAAAUGUUUUCACCAGUGUGUCUACCUGGAAACUGUUUACAAUCCAAAAGAAAAGAGUCCAGCUUGUAAACAUUCUCACUAGUAUUGUAAGCAUGUGCAGUAAUUCCAAGGAAUGAGCGCAUGGUUCGGUCUGACCAUAUAUCUACAGUUACUGAGAUGGAGCUGUGUUUCUGCAAGGUUUCACAAAUAUGCAUCUUAACCUUUCCAACUAAAUCUGGAAUGCAUUUCUCAGCAAUUGUUGCUCUUGAAAUGGGCACAUACCUCAUAUCCAGUGUGUGACGAAAGUGUCGGAAGUGUUCAUUCUCAAUUAUAGAUAAAGGUAAGGUACAGCCAAUAAUCAAGUCAUUAAUAAUUGCUUGACUGAUUGCUCUUUGGCGACUUGAGUCAGGACUGUAAUGCUGAGCAGUGCAAAAUGAUGAUUCUAUACUUUGUGCAGUUUGUGGUGCACAUCUGUUUGAUUCUGUGUGAAUCCCUCUCUUGUACUCAGCAAGCCUUGAAAGAAAAAAAACAGUAUUAUGAUACACAGUUAACAAGAUACAUGUACAUAAAGCUAUUGCUAAUAAGCCAUAACAAGUAUGCAAGUAUGAUGAUCACCAUAAUAAUUUCAGAAAAUCAAGAAAAAAUAGAUAAUACAGAAAAAAAUGUAGGCAUUAGGCAAUAUUUACAGCUAUAUUUUUCCUGCCGAUUGUUUACUGUUAGAGUUCUUAGUGCGGCCACUCUGUGUUUUAGCGCCAUCUUCUGUGAUUUUGUGAAGCGGUAGUUAAUCUAAAAUGCUUAAAAUCUUACUGGACGCCUACGUUUUAUUGCGGGGUAAUAAUGAAAUUAAAAUCAACACACUAGUCGAAAAACCUUUUUUAGCAAACUAGUGUUUGAGCUGAGCUCACAGGAUUAAAUAGAACUGUGGAACAAACACAAACAAGCAAAAACACAAGAACUUAAAUUGAUUAACUUUUUAGUCACUCAUACAGGGGAGAUGACAAUGGCAAGUGGAGGUGCGCACAAGAUCCGACUGACUGUGCAUAAAAGUGUAAUACUUCAUACUGCAUUUGAUUUUAAUCCAAAAGUGCGAAUGCGCCGAGGGAGUGACUUUUGUCAGACAUUUUUGUGGGGAGAUGCAUAGUGUCAUUGGCCAUCAUAUUUGUAUUCAUAUUUUCAUUUUAUUAAACGAUAUUUGGUUUUCUUUGAGACACCUUUGUCCUGCUGUGUAAAAGGCAAAAAUAUUACAAUAAUCCAGUUAAGACAAAUAAUAUAGCAACGCGACUUUCUGGAAAGUGGGAUCCCUAACGUACAGGAGUGGGAUAGAAUCUGGCGGGGGUGGGCGGCAUUCAAAAUGUAACGUUACGUUAGUCCAGUGCAGGCCUCUACAGUAAACAAUGCAUCCACGGUCUGAAAUUUAAUUAAUAAAUUGUUUGAAAAGUCUUUGAUCUUACCUUUCUUUGUGCUUUCGCUCAAAUUCCGAACAUGUUCGAGUACGAGUCAAGACCGAGUCAAAAUGCACACGAGUCCAUGACAAGACCAAGACCAGUAAAAUACGGUCUCGAGACCGAGUUCAAGACCGAGUCCGAGUCUCGAGACUACAACACUGGCUGAUGCCACUCAUUCCUAAAUUAUUAUUAUUAAUUAUCACAAUAGAAGUUUUCUAUACGAGAUCAGAGGUUUUUUUUGCAAAAAGUUGGUUAUUUUGACCCUAAACAGAUACAUAUGUAGACUUAUAAGGGAUGCUUUAGAUAGGAGGUUUUUGUGGAUUCUCUUUGUGGAUGCUUUGUCCUGCUUUUUUAUUCUGUUAGAAGUUCCUUUUAAAUGUGAUGUGCAAUUUUUUAAAUAAUUUGUUUUAGACGACAGUGUUAUGAAAGAAUCCCCUCAUGACUCUUUAAAGAGUUAUAAACUUUUGCACAAAAAGACUUGAGAUAAUCAGUGUCUCCAAGGGCUCAUGUUUAGUUACCCCAUCGUGAAUGCACUGCAUCAUAUUGACUAAUGGUGUGAAUAAGUAUUGGAAAGUACUUUGGAUAAACAAUUUACUCAGUUUAUGAGGAUGUGCCAAAUAACUGUAAAAUAGUGACUGUAAUGUUGUAUUCAUCAUCAGUAUUAUUCAGUGUUGAUAUUUGUUUGGGCCUUUUUUGUUAGGUUUGAAAUGCAUGGCUGUGGUUACCAAUGGCAUUAUUUAUGUGCCGGCUUGUGUACGGUAACCAAAAAAGUGAAUCAAUAUCCUGUCUAGUUUCUUUCAUAUUAACCAGCACCUGUGUGAUAUGAAAUAAACAAAAACAAAUCAAUAAUGAACAUUUGACUUGAACACUAGAUAAAGCACAGACAGUUGAAUGUCAUGAUAUGUGAAUGUUUAUGAACAAGUUAUUUUGUGUAAUUUUAUCAAAUGUCAAGAGAGAUCAAAGUCAUUUAUUUACCAAAAAGAGCUUUUUGUGUUUAAAAAUGUAAUGCUCAGAAACAUUGCUGCCUCUAUUGUAAAAUAAAUCAUAAUUUAGGAUACAGUUUGACACUACACGAUAUUUAAAUUAAUAAAUGAAUCAAGUUAUUAAAUGAUGUUUCAGUCAUUGUUGAUAAUAAUAUUAAGAACAAUAAACUCUAUUAAAUCAGUUUUGGUCACAAGCAUUUAUUUUAAUGGACCAGGUUUUUUUGUACAAUUGCUUUUUCCAUUGUAUUUAUUUUUAUUUCAUUUUUUACCGAGAGGCUCUGUCCCAUGCAUGCUGUGCAUGUAUUAUUUACUGAAAGAUUAAAAUGGGCUCCAAACAGUUAAAUCCCUUGCCUCCAUUUAAAAAAACGUACUUCUACAACUUUGACCUUUCCUUGUGUUUCUCUAUGCAUCAAUUCGUUCUUCAUUAACCGCACAUACUGCAUUUGCAUGUAAUAUGGUUAUGAUUUUACCUGACUCGUUCUCCCUAC